UUGUUUGUGGCAUUGUUUUGUUGUUUUUGCUACAGUGCCAUUCUGUUGUUUUAAUGCUAAUAUUUUAUAUGUAAUUCUAUAGACAUAAAUAAUGGACGAUUCUUUUGAGAUUCCAAAUCUUGUGUCUGAUUCAGAUUCGGAUCAUCGUGGUUCUUCUGGUCAUUCGAUGCCGGAAUUUUCAUCUGAAUCUGAAGGUGAAGAAGGUGAAUUUAAUAUGAGUCACCACUUGCAAAAUCCAUCUUUUUUAAGCAAUAAUGCUAUGAUGUCAGAGGAAGUUCAAAACACUGGAGACAAUGUUUUUCAACAGUUGCCACAACAAUCAGGAACAGAUGAUGAGGAUGAUUCAGGAUGGAGUACAGUUGAUGAUUCCUCAACAGAUGCUUCCGACACGUCAGAUUUCGAUGACAGUUUUUCAGUGCCCUCAGAAGAUUCUUCAGUAGCAGAUGAUGAUGAAUUCAGUGUGUUUGAGAUGCUGAGUCAUCAUUUUGAGAUGUUUAGUAAUUCUGCACCAUCAUUUUUUGGUGUUUCUCUACAGAUGUUAUAUGAUAGAAUAAUGGACAGUCUACAAGAAGAGGAGGAGAAAGACUCUCCUACACCACAACAUAUCUUGGAAUCAUUACCAUCUGUAAAAGUCACUAUCGCACAAGUUGCUUCCAGUUUAUCGUGUUGCAUUUGUUUUGGUGAAUACGUUUUAAACGAACAGCUUCUACAAUUACCUUGCACUCAUUUUUAUCAUAACGCAUGUAUCUUAAACUGGCUUAAAAUUAAAUCAACAUGUCCUACUUGUCGGUUAGAUUUAGCAACAGAAAAGUUUUCAAACCAUACUGAAGCGAGCACGAAUUCACCUGCGAAUAACCAACAUGAUUCUGCUGGUUCACUGAACUUUCAAAAUAUACAGGGUAAUUUUAAUACAGAACUUCUGACGAGAACAAUAUCUUCAAGUACAUCAGGGACUACAAACGGUACUGAAGAUCCAACCAGUAACCGAAAUAACGUUGUACAUGAAACGUCACCAUUAUGUGAAAAUGAACUUGAAAAUUUACAGUCCUUUGCUGGAUCCAGUAGUCGGGCUGGGACUUCUGAAACAAGUGAACAAAAAGUGCAUACACCAAGUGGUAGACGUAAAAAUAAUACAAGCAAAGAACCUAAGAGGUUAUCUAGAGAGACGGAAAUAUGGUAACGAGUUGGAAUUAGGUUUACGAGCGUAUAAUUGUCGCAAAACAAGGAGGUGUUUCGUAAAAGAGAAAAUGAGCCAGUCCGUAAAAUGUGUCCAACACAUCCAUUAGCUUAGAUAAUUUCUUCUUUUUUUCGAAUAGAAAUAAUUUAUAGAGA